CUGUACUCUCGCGAUACUCAGGCGGUCACUGCCUGAUAGGAGUAAUGGCCGCCUUCGUAGCAAUGGCUGGAACGGGGAACAACACAAGAGGCAUAUCAGAGCGUUUUAGCUGACCAGGAAGAGCCUAAAUUACCAGGCAACCCCUCCUACCCGGUUUUCAGAACGGAUGGGUAGAGGGGGGUAUUGCCAAAGGACACAAGAAACGAAAGAGACUCAGAGGGAAAGGGAGGAAAGCUAACGCUAUCUCGAUAGCUAGCGCUAGUUGUCACUGCCGGGGAACAAACCGGAGUAGCCCUGACAACUGUGCGGUCCGGAGGGCUGAAGGAAGCGGUUGACCAGACGCUGGAGCGUGUGAACAAAUAACCGGCAAGUCGUUAACAUGAGUGGACCGGGUCAGGACAGUGAUCCAGAGGCGAAAGUCCUUCUCAUCAAGCGGCUUUACAGGGCUGUGGUGGAGUCUGUGCAUAAGCUGGAUGUCAUCAUCGGCAGCAAAGCAUCCUACAGAGAGGUCUUCAAGCCGGAGAACAUCAGCCUUCGCAACAAGCUGAGGGAGCUUUGCGUGAAGCUGAUGUUCCUCCACCCUGUCGACUACGGCCGCAAGGCUGAGGAGCUGCUCUGGAGGAAGGUUUACUAUGAGGUCAUCCAAGUUAUCAAGACCAACAAGAAGCACAUCCACAGCCGCAGCGCUCUGGAGUGUGCCUACCGCACACACCUGAUCGCCGGCGUGGGGUUCUACCAGCACCUGUUGCUAUACAUCCAGUCACAUUACCAGCUGGAGCUGCAGGACUGCAUCGACUGGACCCACGUCACAGACCCGUUGAUAGGCCGAAAGAAACCAGUGUCAGCCACCCCCAAGGAGAUGGAGUGGGCACAGAUGGCCUGUCAUCGCUGUCUGGUCUACCUUGGAGAUCUAGCCCGUUAUCAGAAUGAACUUGCCGGAGUCGAGGCUGAGCAGCUGGCUGAAAGGUUUUACCAUCAGGCGCUGUCUGUCAUGCCACACGUGGGAAUGCCUUUUAACCAACUGGGCACAUUGGCCGGGAGCAAGUUCUACAACGUUGAAGCAACCUACUACUACCUACGCUGCAUCCAAUCAGAUGCCCCCUUCGAGGGUGCCUAUGGCAACCUGAAGCGUCUGUUUGACAAAGCCGCCAAGAUGUACCACCAGGUGAAGAAGCAGGAAAUGAAGAAGCUGUCUCCAUCUCGACAAAGAUCAAAAGAUAUUAAGCGCCUCUUGGUGAGCUUCAUGUACCUUCAGAGUCUGCUGCAGCCCAAGAACAGUCUGAUGGAGACGGAGCUGACGUCACUCUGCCAGUCGGUGCUGGAGGACUUCAACUUGGUGCUGUUUUACCUGCCGCCGCCGACACAUGGCAUUGCUCACCACUCCCCCAGCGAGGAAGAGGAGGAGCAGCAGCAGCACGCUGACAGCUCCUGCCCCGUGCUGCCUGACACCCUCGUCUUCAAGAUGGUGGUCACUUGUCUGAUGGUGGUGCACAGCCUGAAGAGGGGAGGAUCGAAGCAGUACAGUGCGUCCAUAGCUUUUACUCUGGCCCUGUUCUCCCAUCUGGUGAACCACGUCAACAUCCGGCUGCAGGCUGAGCUGGAGGAAGCGGAGAGCCAGGUGCCCCAACUUCACACUGACGCCACAGAUGACCUGGAGAUGAGGGACUUGUCAGCCCCAGCGACAGAUCGCUCUGAUGAGAAGCCUCUGCAGAACGGCUCCCUGGAGCAAGAAGAUGAGGAGGAGGAGAAGGAUGAAGAUGGCUGUAAAAGGGUUGGCGCCAAAAAGCACUGCAGCGUGGAAGAGCAGCGCAAGUUGGAAGAAGAGAAGCAGAGACAGAAAAAGAAGUACACCCGCCUCUCUAGGCUCCGCCGACGCCGCUGCGCCCGCAAGGACACUCGAGGGGAGGAUGAGAGCGACCUGAGCGAAGGCUUUGAGAGCGAAGAGGAUGAAGAUGAGGAUGACGAGAGGAGGGGUCACGCUGACUCAGCAGGCGCCACCACGACAGGAACCCCACUCAAUCCUCCUUCGAUCAGAAAGGAGACUAAGAGAGACCCCCUGGGUGAGGAGGGCAGCUGGGGGAGUGGCUCAGAGGAAGAGGAGGAGGAAGGGGGAACAGCGUUCGAUGUAGAAACUGACUCGGACAUGAACAGCCAGGAGUCUCGCUCGGACCUGGAAGACAUAGAGGACACGGAGAACUCAGACAACUUGGAGGGUCAGGCACGGGAACACCAGGAUGAAGAGGAAGAAGAAGACCAGCCCAAGGAAGAAGGAGGCGACAGGGACGGUGAUACACCUCCAACCACCAACGGGCCUCUCAUGCCCAGCGACGCCAGCAUCAGCAGUAACCUCCAGGCCAUGUCCUCCCAACUCUUCCAGGCAAAGCGCUGCUUCCGCCUGGCGCCAACCUUCAGCAACAUGUUGUUGAGGCCUCAAGCCUCAUCUUCAUCAGGUAUUCCCACCCCUUCUGACGCCUCUGCUCCCCCUUCCCAAGAGACACCCCCUCCUCCCGGGGACUCAACCUGUGAUAUGAACCCUGGUACUGCCAACGGAACCAAUGAAAACGACUUGGACUCGGAUUCAGAAGGCAGCCAACACAGCACCCAGUCAAUGCACAGUGAGAAAACCCUCUUAGAGAAGCUGGAGAUCCUGGCCAAUCAGGGGCUGAUCCAGGUGGUGAAGGUCUUUGUUGAUUGGCUAAGGACAAACACAGACAUUAUCCUCAUGUGUGCACAGAGUUCUCAAAGCCUGUGGAACCGACUGUCUGUGCUGCUCAACCUGCUACCAGAUGGCAGCAAGAUGCUCGAGGCUGAGCUCGGUCUGAACGCAGAGGUGACGGAGCUGUUAAAUGAGUGUGAGCAGCCUGGUUUGGUCCAGAGUCUGCUGCUGCCGGAGGAUUUGGCUCUGAGACACCUGCCUGCUCUCACCGUUGCUCACCGCCGCCUUGAUUAUACUCGCCGCAACCCCUCCCUCAGCUCCCUACAGGAGUGUGUGGUGCGAGUGUGUUGCAUUCGCAGUUUUGGCCACUUCCUGACAAAUCUCCAGGGCAACGUGCUGCACUUCAACCCGGAGGCGGGCAUCUUCACCAGCAUCAGCCAAUCCGAGCAGGAUAAUCUGGUGCAGCAGGCGAAGGCCCAGUUCCGAAUGGCUGAAGAGGAGGCUCGUCGAAAUCGCUUGAUGAGGGAUAUGGCCCAGCUUCGACUACAGUUGGAGGUGUCGCAGCUAGAGGGCAGCCUUCAGCAGCCUAAAGCCCAGUCAUCCAUGUCUCCCUACCUGGUGCCAGACACAGCGGCUCUCUGCCAGCAUCUGAAUCUCAUCCGGCAGCUGGCCGGCAGCGGCUGCUUCAUCAUCAUCAUCCCACGGACAGUGAUCGAUGGUCUCGACAGGUUGAAGAAGGAGAAUGCUGGUGCAAGGGACGGCAUUCGCUUCCUGGAGUCCGAAUUUCGCAAAGGCAACAGGUACAUACGCUGCCAAAAGGAGUCUGGUCGAAGUUUUGAAAGAGAUAAACUGAAACGUCAGGACAUCGAAGCCUGGCAUUUAUACAAGAUGGUGGACAGCUGUCGUCAGCUAACAGUCUCCCAGAGCAACGGAGACGAAGAUACAGCCGGCAUGGUGACCAUUCUUACGGGCCAUCAAGUGGAAGAGCUUUGCACUCAGUCAGCAGCAAUGAAGUCGGCGAUCCAGGCGGCAGGCUCGGCAGGCAUGGAGCUAAAGAACAUCUUGGAGUUCUACCGGCAGUGGAAGGAGAUAGGCUGAGAGGUCAAACGGGGGCAGCUGUCGUCGCUGCGAACAGCUGAUCGAUCACAACACUCGCUCCCUCUCUCUCUCUCCCACUCUUUUGCUCUGUGUGUAUCUGCGUCUCCAAAGGCAAAAACCAACUCAAAAGAAAGAAGGAAUCGAAGGAAAGAGUUAAAGCUUAGAGGGGUGGAAAAGUUAAAACAGUGGAGUAAAAAAAAACAAAAAACAUCAGAAGAGAAAUGCGGGCGAAACGGCGCUAUAAGAAAGAGCAGAUCUCCCACCUCCCAAUCCUAAACAUAAAGAGUGACCCCCAGUGGUCGGGGUGCGGAAACGGUGGGGGAACGCUACACGACUUUUAAGUGCCCCUGGUUCACACCCUAACCAGGAAUACACUGUAUAUGUUAGCCAACGAGUACAUCCGUGUCGAGAGAGAAACCGCACACACACACACAUAAACACAUUCACGCUCAGAUGAAACCAUAUAGAUGUUUAGAGCAGUGGUUUGGAUUUCCGUUCCCUCCUUCCCUUUCCCUUCAGUCUGUAUCUGAGAAACAGGGUAAAGAAUGUCACGUCUGGUAGGACUGCGCUUAUGGAAAGUCGAGGGUGUAUGAAGACAACUUAGAGACAGAGACAACACUCUGUCCACCUGACACCCGAGGCUUCCAGCCCUACAAAACAAGCCAGGCGUCUCAUAGCUCAUAGGCCUCUAGGAAAGGUUGAGGAAGACAAAUGUACACUUCUCUGGGAUCGGUUUCUAUUCCUCUGUGGCUUUUUUUUUUUUUUUUUGGUUUUGUUUUUCUUUAUUUGCGGUGUACUUUUGUGACCAGUGACUUAUGUAUUGUGCUAUCUCUGUACGAGAAGAGAAAAGGAAAAAAAAAAACACAAAAACAGGUGUCGACCCUGUUAAAAGUUUUAAUUUGGAUUUUAUUUUUGUACCCAAAUGUUGUUUAUUUUGCUUUUUGUAAGCUAAAUCUGAAUGAGAUAUGCAAGAAUGUUUAAGGGAAAGGGAAGGGGUUGUUGUCGUGCGUUGAUCCACUGAACAAAUCCUUUAGUUCUGAAAAGUAAAAAAACAAAACAAAACGUAUAAUCCAGAAUUUAUUUAUCAAGGUGUCAUGUUAGAGGGAGCUAGAAGCUGAUUAGCCUCGUGUUGUAGCUAGUCAUCGAAGAGGCUCAGAAGAAAAAGGGGCCAACUGACUUUCCCAGAGGAAUGUGGGUUGUGUUUGGACCCCUGUAAACUCCUAAAAUGUAUCCCAUCUACAUCACCAUUUCCAUAGUGACUGUCCCAUCAUGCACAGUGCAAAAGAAAACCAGUAUAUGUGUGUGGCCAUGCAUUGAACAAUAAAAAGAAACUCGUAUAACAUGA